AUGACUUCAACAAUAUUGUAUAGAGAUAUACAACGUCGUUUGUCUGUUGAUCAUUUACAGUCAUCUGAAAUAGUAUUAUUAUCGAAUGAUUCUUUACGUCAAUUGCUUUUUAUUAUUGGUAUAGUUACAACUGUUUUAUUUGUAUUAUUAUUGUGCAUGCAUUUUAUUAUUAAAAUACGUCAUCUUUAUCGAACUACUGAUGUUAACAAACAAAAUUCAAUCUCUCGUAGAGACUCUUCUCGUCAAAGAUUACCAGAUAUUAAUCAUAACUCUAAGCGUUCAAGCUAUAUAAAAAAUCAAUGUGGUAAAUCCACUAAUUAUAAACAUCAUAUGUUAAAUAAAUAUUCAAAUCAUGAACAAAUUCAGGAUAAUAACUAUCAAAUUUCUCGUCUAGAUGAAAUUUCACUUUUAUCAGUACACAUUGUUUAA